UAUUUUUCCUUUCUUUUCUUCUUUACAAUAUCCAACAUGCUUCGUAGUCGGCUUCCUGUUUUAAAGAACUUUUUGCGUCGUUCUUUUCAUGACUGUCCAACCAACGCCAUUCAACCUUUGCGUCUUUUAUUAAUUGGCUGUCCUGGUUCAGGAAAGGGUACACAAUCCGGCCGUCUCGAAAAGAAUUUUGGUGUCUCUCAUCUAUCCAGUGGAGAUUUAUUACGUAGAAACAUUACCGAAAACACGCUGUUGGGUCAACAAGCUCGUCAGUAUGUGGCAGAUGGAAAAUUGGUACCGGAUAAUUUACUGAUCUCCCUGAUUGAUAAAGAACUUUUGCAUGUUGGUAACACGAACUGGCUUUUGGAUGGCUUUCCAAGAACCGUGAAUCAAGCAUUGGCAUUAGACGCUUCCUUGAACAGAAUUAUGCAACCAUUAAACUUAGUGAUCAAUUUAGAAGUACCUGAAGACAUUAUUUUGCAAAGAAUCAUGGAUCGCUGGAUUCAUAUUCCUUCAGGUAGAGUGUACAACUUGUCGUACAAUCCACCUCGUGUUGCAGGUGUAGACGAUAUUACUGGCGAACCUUUAUCUCAACGACCCGAUGAUACACCCGAAGUAUUCAAGGUUCGCUUAGAACAACAUCACGCCAUGGCUUUACCCUUAUUAGACCAUUACCAAAACGUCGUGGUGAAUGUACGUGGUAACACCAGUGAUGAAAUCUAUCCUCAAAUCGAAAAGGAGAUCGUCAAUCGAUUAGGUGCAUUACCAGGUGCUCAUCUUACCCAUACCAAUCACCUCUCCAUCAAACAUAAUAACAAUAAUAAUAAUAAAUAUGGACAACAACCUUAUCUGGAUGACAUCGUACAAGAAAAGGUUGCAGCGGGCGCAAGUAUCUAAAUACACACACACACACACACAGACACACAUCUUAUAUUCCCUUCACUUUCUAUGUACAGCUUUAAAUAAAAAAAACCCUAACCCUCUCAC